AUGACAGAGGGGGAGGAUGGAAAGGCUAGGGAGACAGAGGGGCGUGAGGAAAAGGAAGAGGGAGGCGUUAGAAACAUGGAGGAGGGCGGUUCCGAAGUCUGCGUGGACGAUCCCAAUACAGGUUUGGAAGGAAGUAACAAUGAGGAGGGCAAGGUAAGGGAGACUGAGGGUGGGGUGCGUGAUGAGAAGCAAGAGGAAGAACCCCGUGAGGAGGGCAAGGCUAGUGGGACUGAGUGCGGGAGGCCUGAGGAGAAGAAAGAGGGAGGCGCAAAAAACAUGGAGGAGGGUAAGCUUAGGGAGACUGAGGAUGGGGGGCGUGAUGAGAACCAAGAGGAAGACGCACGUAUAACAGAGGAGGGUAAGCUUUGGGAGACUGAGGAUGGGGGGCGUGAUGAGAACCAAAAGGAAGACGCACGUAAAACAGAGGUUGAUGUAUUGGAUGGGUCCGGUGAAGACACAGCAGAUGAGGAACCGUCCUCUGGGAAGAUUAUAUUGGAUGCACGAGCCAGUGGAACAGGAAGGGGAGUUGGCGGCGUUGUUGUUAGCUAA